AUGGCGGCCAAGCCACUACCGCCCGCUCCGUCCACCGUUGGAUCGCAUCCGAGUGUUUCAGCAAUGUUCACAAGGAUGGGGGCGAAGAGGAGGCCAAGAAAUCUCACUGCAAAACGAUGA